GGAGGAAGAGGACUAAUGGACUUCUGUUUACGUUCCUUCAUCGCCCUGCAGCUGCCAAUCAGCCGCACCGAGUCACGUGACCCUCAGGGGGGGGGGAGGCCUCAUAAGAGCAGCUGCAGCAGAACCAGCAGCUCAGAACCAGAGCCAGCACCAGGACCAGCAGGAGAAACCCGACCAGAACCCAGUAUGCAUCACGCUCGCUGUCCCGCCAUCUUGGUCCUCGCCGCGCUGGCCGCGCUCAGCCUGGGCGUUUCGUCUCAGGCCGACAGAGACCAGGACCCCUACCAGAACCAGAACCAGAACCUGGACCUGGAGCUGCGUCACCACCGGCUGCUGCAGCGAGCCCGCAGCGCCGGACUGCUCUCGCAGGACUGGUCCAAGCGGGCCGUGGAGGACCUGCUGGCCCAGAUGUCGAGGUCGGAGGUCGAGGCCCAGCAGGACGAUCCGGAGGCGGCUUCCAGAGGAACCGGGUCCAGACUGAACCUGGAGCGGUCCGUGGAAACCACGGCCCGCGAACGCAAAGCCGGCUGCAAGAACUUCUACUGGAAG